AUGUUACAAAAUUAUUUCAACGAUUUUUUCUUCUGUGUUAUCAACAAAGAAAAUUUUUUGAAAAUUAAUUUGCAGAGUUUGCAGAUUGUCACUGAAAGCCAAAAUCAAAAAGCGAUUAACGGUUCUCAGAAGUCGAAUUUCAAGAAGAAGAUUCAAGAGAAAGAACAGCCCUCCAGCGUUAAACAGUAUGAUGAUAAUGUGCCAACCAUUUCUGAUUCGCUGGUUCUUACAAUAAUCAGGAAUGCGUUAGCCUUAGUAGUGAAACAUUUGAAAUUGCCGUAUAUUUGCCAGCCUAGUAAACAUUCACAUUUCAAAACAAUUCGAAAUCAAUAUUUUAUCCAAGAGAUAGCGAAUGAAAUUAAAGACGAGCUGUACGAUCUAGUUAAAAAUAAUUUGGAAUUACUUAUUACUGUAACAAAAACCCGUCAAUUCAACCAAGAUAAUUUCGAUGAACGACAAAAGAGGGGUCUGAAGAGCAAUGAAAAAAUUGUCACCUGGGAAGGAGCCCCUCUGAUGAAAAGUAACAGUCAGACAAUGACUGGCAGGUUUAUUCGUGAACAGUUACUUCGUAUCUCAACAAAAUUGAAAUGCGAAGGCAUGUUGUCGGAAAAGAACAACAAAUCUCCAGAAGUCAUAUUAGAUCAUCGCUUUUUUGCAGCAAUUGCCGAAGCAACUAGCGCACAAGACAUCCAAGAACUGUCGUGUCAGUUGCUCGAUGGUAACAAAGUAAUCUGUGAAGCGCGAGAAAUUGUCACAGCUUUUGAAGAAUACAACACAUUCCAAGCAAAAAAAGAUGAAUUAAUAUUGUGCCUCAUCACCAGCCUGAUUCGCACUGCUUUAUCAACCAUCAAAGAUUCGUUAAAUUGUGCCGCCAUUGAAAUGGACGAUAUUUUGAUAAUGUGCUCAGUCUUAAACAAAGAUUCAAGUCAUGCCAAGAAAUCAAUCCUUUGCAAAAACGUUGAAAACCUUAUCGACAAAUACAGCAGUGAUCUCAUGAACAAGAAAUGCAUGGAUUAUCUAGUGAAAGACACUGUCAAAAAAAUAAGAUGUACAAAAGAAACUCCUAACUCUGAUGAAGAAAUUUCGAAACAUAUUUUCAAGGCCGCUAAAAGAUUCAUUUCAAAAGUUAUUGAGAAUUUAAUGAGCGAAGCUUCUAAAAAAUCUCAAGCGGCAAACGCCAACGAAACUACGGAAGAUAACGUCAGAUGCGAAAGCGAUUACGAUUAUGAAGGCGAAGAUAAUAAAUCACCUCUGAAAGACCCAAGUACUUUGACAGAAAAUGAAUUAGUUAUGAAUAAAAUAACACCAGAUGAUAUCGCAAGUUCUUUAACUUCGGCUAUUUCCAAAAGCGCUUUAAGAAAGAAAUCGUCAGCCAAUAUUUCACAAAUAGAAAAUAAAAGAAAUGUGUCUAAAAAAAGUGAUAUUGUUAUCGACGAAGGCAAACAUUUAACUGAUGAAAAAAAACAAUCAGUGGAUGCACUUUUGAAUGUUCAAACAAAACAGGACAGUCGUCUCUCUCAAACCAGACAAAAAGUUGAGGACUCUCGCACAUCAGACCUAGGACGCAAUUCUCAAACCAGCCAAAAAGAUAAAGAUUCUCAUCCAUCUGAUUUGAUUCGUCAUUCUCAAACCAGUCAAACGUCGAAAGAUUCCCGUACACCAGUUGUUAAGAAACCGAAACUUAGUUCAACAAUAGUAAAUAAAGAAAAAACAGAUGACAAUCAGAUAAAUAAAAGAAGUGAUUUUGAAGAAAUCAUUCAAGAAGAUUACAAAACAAGUGAAAACAUAGAUAAUGACAUAAUUUAUAAAAAGUUUGAUGACCAAAAAUUAGAUAAAAUGGUUGACGGUGAAGACGAAUAUGCUGAAAUGCCUAAAGAGCAAAAAGAAAGUGAAAAUACAUUUGUGGAGACAAAUUUUGAAAUUAUUGAUGCUCUUAGUUUGAAAGAAGAAAGACAAAUAUUAUUAUCCAAGUAUGGAUCGGCGAAAUUGUCGUUGAUUCUUAGUAAAAAAUCAGACAUCCCGGCACAGAGCAAACAAAUCUCUUUAGGAGAAAUAAAAACAUCAAUUGUACCGUUAUACUAUAGUAAAGAUGCUUCAGUAACCGAUGUAAUUAAAACACCAGCUUCAAUUCUUAGCAAAAUUAAACUAUCAGAAAAUGAAUUAAAUAUUUCAACGGUGAAGUAUAAAAAAUCGUCACCAUCAGAUAGAAGUAAAAAAAUAGAGGCCGAAUGUGACGAUAGGGAUGAUUCAUAUAUUAGAUUAACACCUGAUCAAGAGGCCAAAACACCGGCAUCGCUAAAAGAAAAGUGUAACAAAACGGAUGCUGAAUGGGACAAUAAAGAUGUUUCUUAUCUUGAAAUGACUCCUGAUCAAGAAGAUAAAACACCAAAGAAGAGAAGCAACAAAAUUGAUGGCAAAUGUGAUGAUGGGGCUGUUUCAAAUAGGGGUCAAAAUCUAAAUCAAGAAGCUAAUACACCUUCUAUUAACGAUUACGCUCUGACGAGAAUCAGUCCAGAUAACAGUGCAAACUUGCCUUCAGAUAAAACCAUGAAUGAAAUGACUGAUUUCAGACAAUCACCAAUAAGUAAAGCAAGUACACCUUUUGAAAAAAACGCUAUUGUUAAAAAAUGUUUAUCAAUGACUGAUUGUCCAUAUCUAACUCAAACACCUGAUCGAAAAUCAAGCAUUCCCAGUGAUCUUUCUCCAAAUUUCGAAGAAAAUAAUGAUACACCUUGUGAAGCAGAGCCUGACCAAGAAGAUAUAUUCGAAAAAGAAAAUCAAACCGAAACCGAUGAAAUUUCUAAAAGAAAAACACCGGACAAAAAAGCUGAUAUAUCUUUUCCGCUUGAUGAUUUGAAACAAAACAUUCUAAACGCUAGUCCCAACGAAUAUGAGCAGCCAAUGUUUACUACGGCCAGUGAAACUGACAUACCAGAUCUCAUAAAUCAAAAACCCGAUAAAACAGUAGCUCACAACGGUCGUUUCAGCGAUGAUCCACAAUCGUUUGACAACAACCAAGGAGAUUUGCCAGACACUGUCCAAAACCGGAAAGCUGUAUGUGAAGCAAAUUCUAUCGGAACAGAACAACUGGCCAUUCAACAAGAAGCUACUCAUAACGAGCCUGAUUAUCCUGACACUCAAGGAUUUUAUUGA